UUUAUCGCUAAGGGACGAGUACGUCGCGUAAUUCAUUGCUGGCGCACACGGAGUGAGUACGGCACAUCGUUUGAUGCGACGUUGUGGACGUCCAGCUUGGGCUGCCACAUGUGUGCAUGCAGAUAGAGUUCGCGUUUUGACGUACUUUUAACUAGACACACGGAUAUACGACUUGUGUUGUGUCUCCUGAUGACUGGAUGUUCGCCGCAUCUUCCAAACCACGACAGUGCCUGGUCAUGAGCGUUGUUGCAGCAACUUGGGGAUUACAAACAUUGCAUGUACAUGUAGUAGCAAUGCCUUCGCUAUUGAAUGUUGAAAGUUUGUGGCGUUCGUCGACCGGUGUGUUUAGUUACUUCAUCAUGGGUGCGGUCGUGACGUCAGUCAUGAUGACCACGCCCUUGUUGGCAGGUGCUCAGACCAGCUGGUCGUCACAAUCGCCCUACCCAAGCCCGUCGGAGUUUGACGAGGGGCCAGUUGAAGUUUUGACAGCAUUCGAACCGGGGGACGUACUUCUCGGUGGGUUGUUCAUGGUACACCAAGCGGCCAACGGGGAUACCUGCGGGGCCCUGGCGAGCCAGAUGGGUAUCCAAGCCCUGGAGACGAUGCUUUACACGGUCGACCUCAUUAAUAACUCUACCUUCUUGCCUGGAUUUAAGCUCGGUGUCCGGGCUCUGGACGACUGCAACCAGGAGUCAUUGUCCCUGGAGCAGUCUCUGCAGUUCGUACAACGCCCUGUUUGUGAGAAUGAUUCCGAGCAGGGCCCAAGGGAAGGGGAGGAGGGAAGUGUUGUGGGCGUGGUCGGCUCCGCCUCUAGCCCUAAUUCCAUCACGGUGGCUAACUUAUUGAAACUCUUCAAGAUUCCGCAGAUAAGUUACUGGUCAACCAGCCCAGACCUGAGCAACACCGACCGCUUCCCGUACUUUUACCGGGCCGUACCGUCCGACCAGUAUCAGGCUCAAGCCAUGAUAGACAUCGUGCUGCAUUUCAACUGGAGUUACGUCUCGAUCGUCUAUGAGAACUCCAACUAUGGGGUUCAGGGGAUCGAGGAAGUGAAGAAGCUGGCUAUGGCGAAUGACGUGUGUGUGGCGGUGAAAGAGAUGAUACCACGCGAUGGGAACGAGUCAGUCUAUGAUCGGAUUAUCAUGAACUUGCAGAAGGCAACAGAUGCAAAGGCGGUCAUCCUAUGGGUCUUAGACGUGACAGCAGCCCAGUUAUUCCGAGCAGCAAAACGAGCCAACAUGGUCAACUCGUUCAUCUGGAUUGGUAGCGAUUCGUGGAGCGGGAGACAACUGUCUACGAAUGGCAACGAAGAUGUGAUUGAGGGCGCUAUAACCAUACAGCCAAUGUCUACUCAAAUCCCAGCUUUUGAUGACUACUUCACAAGCCUGAAUCCCCAGACAAACACCCGCAACCCCUGGUUCAAGGAGUUCUGGGAGAAACACUUCAAGUGCAUGCUGCCGAGUAACAUCAGCUCAGGGAGGCACAGCGACUCUGUUCUGCCUUCAAGAUGUGCAGAAGACCUGAAACUUGGAAGAGACAACAACUACAAGCAAGAAGGGCAGAUCCAGUUUGUAGCGGAUUCCGUCUUGGCGUUUGCACACGCUCUAAGAGACAUGCAUCGAGCUUACUGUCGGACGGACGGUCUCUGCGACAGGAUGCGUCCAAUCAAAGGGCAGGAGCUUAAGGAAUUCCUCCAGAAUGUUUCUUUUGAAGAUCAUUCAGGCAACAGCUUUCAGUUCACGGCAAACGGUGACGGACCAAUCCACUACAAGAUCUUACACUAUCAACAAGUAUCUCCCAAAGAGUACAGGUACCAGACCAUUGGCUACUACAAGAACGGUCUGCAGUUAGACAGUGACCUGUCCUAUCGCCUCGACAAUCCACAGUUUCCAAAGUCAUCUUGUUGGAGGCCUUGCCGCAAAAACGAAAUGAAAUUCAAACGGGACGGGGAGUGCUGUUUCAGCUGUCUCCUGUGCCAGCAGUACGAGUAUCUACACGACGAAUUCACGUGCACCGAAUGUCCCAACGGAACCCAGCCGACGGCGAACCUCACAAAGUGUACAGAUAUCGAGGUACAGUACCUGCAACCGAACACGUCCAGUGCGAUAUCAGCACUCGCGUUUGCGACCAUCGGUGCGUUUUUCACCAUCUUCACGGCGUGUAUUUAUAUUCGCCAUCGGGACACGCCUGUUGUGAAGGCGUCGGGGCGUGAGCUCAGUGGGCUUCUCCUAGUGGGCGUCUUCUUAUGCUACUCACUGACUUAUCUCUUUUUGACUCCGCCCUCCAUGGUGACGUGCGGACUGCAGCAGUUUUUAAUGGGCGUCGCUUUCACGUUAUGCUACGCUUCACUCCUGGUUAAGACAAACAGAGUAUACAGAAUUUUCACCAGUGGGCGGUCGACGACCAAACGACCAACAUUCAUCAGCCCCUUGUCCCAAAUAGUGAUCACCCUGAUUCUGGUCAGUGUUCAGGGUUUCUUGUCGCUAGCGUGGCUGUUUGCCGUACCUCCCACUGCCGUGAAGCACUACCCACAGAGAGGGGAAGUCCAGAUCGUCUGCAACGCCUUCUUGACGUCAUCUUCACUACUCGGUUUAUCCUUUCCUCUUGUUCUGCUCAUUCUAUGCACAGCAUUCGCCUUCAUGACGCGCAAGAUUCCGGGUCAUUUCAACGAGACCAAAUGCAUCGGAUUCACGAUGUACUCUUCGUGUAUAGUCUGGUUGGCUAUGAUUCCGAUUUACAUCCUAACCAUGGCUAACAUAGAGCUAAGGAUUGUCUCCCUGUACGUUGCCAUUAGUCUUUGUGCCACCGUGUGCCUCGUGUGCCUCUUCGUCCCACGGAUCUACUUGAUUUUAAUGCGUCCAGAGCGCAACGUCCGGAUAACGGUCAGUUUGGGUCCGAGGCGAAUGAAGAUGGCCGGAUCGGUCUAUCCCAACUCGUCUGACAACCCAAGCAACAACAAUAGUCCAUAUCUAGGUGUUGCAGAUCAUGGGAGGAAUAACACUUUGUGAUAGGAAAAAGAGAAGGGAAAACAAAAAAACACCGUUUAGAAAAAUAAAUUGGCACCAGGGCCCAAUUGAACUGAUGAGGGUCAUCGUUCGAAUGCUGUCAUCAUAGCCCUGAUUUAUUGGCAAAACUAUCACGAAAGGUACAAAUUAAGUCACCUGUUGAAGUUUCAGCUGAAUUAAGUGACUACAUGUUGAGCAUACAGCGAGAACCUGUUAACGAUAUUCACACUUGAUUGUAAAGUCCAAAACUGUAAGGGUAUUUACACAUUAUCGUAAACUCCAUGCAAGUUUAAGUGAGGUGACAGCUGGUACUAGCAAAUAAGCGGCAAAUAUAUUCUGUCAAUUGAAAAUGAGCAGGAUAUCGGUCACAGAUGAUACAUGUGGAACAGUAUCUAGUCUGGUAACCUUAUUCUGGUAAGCAUAAUUUUAAAGUGCUUAGCUACUUUUUGUGCCUAAGCAGCUCUGCGAAAUUGGGCCCAGGAGUAAUAGUUCUCUAGGAGGUGUAAACAUUUUUAAAACACCAAACUUAAUUUAUGAACUGUGCUCACCCCUGCUCUUGAUGAUGUGACAGAGGAUUUAACUAAAUGUUUCUAAAACACUUAAUUUAAUUUAUUAAUUGUUUGUGAUGUGCUUGAGAUUUUCAUUAUGUGAGAAACAGAUCAAACAUUACAGAAAAAAAAAAAUUUUGUGCAGAAUAAUCACAUCACCGCACGGAGAAAGAUUUAUUUCACCCGAUCAUGCUGUAAACUUGUGAGUUAACUUGUGAGUAAUAUCAAAUUACACAUUUAUUUAUGUAUAUAUUAAAAAGUGCCUCUGACCAAUAGACCACGUCACCUGGUUUUUCAAAUGAGUGACCUCGCAUAAUCAGGUUUUUUUUUAGAUAUUGCUGAAAAUCUGCAGCAGUUAUGUCCAUGCAGGAAGAUUAAUCAGUCAUUGGAACACACAAUCUGAGAAACGUUAAUUGUCAGUUACACUUUCAAAGUUUUGGGGAUAAAAAGAGAUAUCUUUUUCCAUAACCGCAGUACUUCAAAGUGAAAUGAUUCUCAAAAUGCAUUAU